AUGGUUGAAUCGACCUCAAACAAGUCUGUGAAGAAGACGAAAGUUGUAGCUAGUCAUCCUAAGACAAUGGAUAUGAUAGUUGAAGCUAUUCAGGCACUGAAAGACCGGAAAGGGACAUCAGUACAAGCAAUCAAGUCAUACAUUUUGACUCACCAUUCUACUGUCAGCCCGGCUCAUAUCACAUCCAGUCUACGCCGUGCAAUUAAAUCCGGCAUCGAGUCUGGGUUGUUAGUUCGUCCCAAAGAUUCUAAUGCUAAUGGCGUAAAUGGUCGUCUCAGAAUCGGCAAGCUCCCAGAGAAGCCAAAAAAGAAGGCAGUAACCAAGAAAGCUGUACCAAAGAAAACGUCGACCAAGAAGCCAACACUGAAAGACAAGAAACCCAAGGACAAGAAGGUUACGAAAAAGCCAAAGUCGGACAAGAAGGUUACGAAAAAGCCAAAGUCGGACAAGAAACCACAAGCUAAAAAUACCGCCACAAAGAAAUCAGAGAAAACUACCACUAAAAAGCCGGCUCAAAAGAAAACACCCAAAAAGGCUUCAAAACCAAAGAAGCCGACAACAAAGAAACACACCACCAAAAAAUUGUUUACUACU